GUGUACUUUGCACAGAUGGCAGCUUGUAUGCGCUUUACCAGACGCGUCUGGAAGUCAUUCGUAGACAACAAGGGACACGACCAGCAGUGCUUCCCUAAUCUCAAGAUCCUCGAGGCGAAGCCUGGCCUCCUCCGCGCGUCGCUCAAGAUCGAACCCUACAACUUGAACCGGGUCGGAACGGUCCAUGGCGGCCUUAUCAUGUCCUUGACUGAUACUGCGGGCUCGCUGGCGGUGGCGACAAAGGGUCAAUUCCUGACAGGUGUGUCUGUCGACAUCGGCACAUCAUUCGUAAAGCCGGGGGGCCGCGCCGGUGACGAGCUUACCGUCAGCGCUGUUGUAACGGGGAUGGGGCGUUCGCUUGCAUACACGCGCGUCGAGUUCGUCAACGCGGCCGGACAGCUUGCAGCCUAUGGUCAUCAUACCAAGUACAUCGGCAAGUCUGCAGGGCAUGAGAACGACGUCAAAUUCUCCGACGAUGGCGAGACAGUCAUCGAGGGCAAGGACGUCGAUGUCGACUAGAUGCCAGGGAAUGACGCUAUCUAAUGGAUGUGCUACAUCUGUAUGUGGGCCUGGAUAGAAGUUCUUCCGUAAAG